UUGGGAAACAUGGCGGCUUCCUCGGGCGUUUCAAGCACCCAUGGCUCCGAUGCUGGUUCAAAUGUGGACUACCAGCCGAUCCAGUACAGUAUGAUUCUGGAGCAUCUGAUCGGGGACAAGAGACCCGUGAAGGACCUGAACCCCGCCGUGAUGGGGGGGUUGCCAGUCCCUGCUAAGAGUGACGAGCAGAAGAUGAUCGAGAGGGGAAUGGAGAGCUGUACCUUCAAGGCUGUACUGGCCUGUGUCGGAGGCUUUGUCCUGGGAGGAGCAUUUGGUGUGUUCACUGCUGGUAUAGACACCAAUGUAGGCUUCGACCCCAAAGAUCCUUUAAAAACGCCCACAGCUCGAGAGGUCCUCAAAGACAUGGGCCAGAGGGGGAUGUCCUACGCAAAGAACUUUGCCAUCGUCGGAGCCAUGUUUUCCUGCACGGAGUGUAUCAUUGAAUCGCACAGAGGCAAGUCUGACUGGAAGAAUGCUGUGUACAGUGGCUGUGUUACAGGAGGAGCCAUCGGAUUUCGGGCUGGUCUCAAGGCUGGAGUGCUGGGAUGUGGUGGCUUCGCUGCUUUUUCUGCUGCUAUAGAGUAUUAUCUGCGGUGAAGAGUUCAAGAGACGGACCAGAGCGGAUGAUGAGCCCUGUGUGACUUGAGUCACUGAUGCUUUUUAGGCCAACUUGUGGACCUGAACUCUUAUUAUGCCGUCACAAGUUCACUGUGUGGACCAUGGAAGAGGAUGACCACGUGGAUACAAAAAAUGGAUCUGCAAAAAGAUAUGAACUUGUCAUACCUCAGGAAAUAAAUACUUUUAUUUAAAUAAUGACAUGGGAGUGGAUGUGAAGUACUUCGGCUCGCAACAGCUUUGGCCACCUGCUGUAAAGGUCAAGCCACUGAGAUGAAACUCGGAUAAAAGAAAACUUGCCUGUGUGGUGUAACCCUGGCACGAUAUGAAAGUGUAGAAACUCUUGUGCUGUUGUCGUUCAUAACGUUUGAGUCAUUGGGUUUGUAUGUUGAAGAACAGUAAUCAAUAACAAUUCAAUACAAUGCAGAUUUUACAUAACAAUGCUGUCUGUGGUCCAUUUUGAUGCUGCACUUCCAUAAGGUUUUAGUGCAUGUAGAACUUUCUGUGUAAAGAAUGAAGUUCUUAGUUGAUGUGGCUGUCAAAUUCCUGAAUAGCUGUGAGGGUUUCAGCCUCACACAUUUAUCUUAAUGGUAUAGUUCCUCUAAAUAUCUUGAACUUCUGGCAAACAUUUCCAAUCACCAUUUCCAUGUGAUCUCAU